GGGUAACCUUAAGUCGCAACUCUAAGUACGACAAGGAAGUUAAACAAUCAAAUAGAACUACAAUGGGCUCAAUCGGUAUUCCAAUCAAGCUUCUCCACGAAUCACAGGGACAUGUCGUUACCCUCGAACUGAAUAACGGUCAAACAUACCGAGGAAAGCUCUUCGAAGGUAUUUUCCAAACUCCUCUCUAUAUGUUUCAAGCACUCAUCUCCUUUCGUCCAGCCGAGGACAACAUGAACGUCCAACUGAAAGAUAUCACCGUCACCGCUCGCGACGGACGCGUGUCACAUCUGGAUCAGGUUUAUAUUCGGGGGAGUCACGUACGAUUCUUUAUCGUCCCUGAUAUAAAUGCACCAAUGUUCAGAUCAAGAGCAGUACGUGGACGUGGUAUUGGAUUGGCAAGAGGAAGGGCGACGGUUGCAAGGGCCAGAGGUGGAAGGGGACAGUAAUCGAGCUACUGAAGGAACAAGGUCAUCGUAUGGGCGUCGGUGUCGAAGCGAAACGAAAUCUAUCAGGAGCGAAAGACCCGUAUUGAAGGACAUGGG